AUGUCUGAAGAGUCAUCAGCGGAUCGCAAUGUCGAAAUUUGGAAAAUCAAGAAGCUGAUCAAGAGCUUGGAGAUGGCGAGAGGCAAUGGAACAUCAAUGAUUUCACUGAUCAUCCCACCAAAGGAUCAGAUCUCGCGAGUCUCUAAAAUGUUGGCGGAUGAAUUUGGAACAGCCUCUAACAUUAAGUCACGUGUUAACAGGCUUUCUGUGCUUGGAGCUAUCACCUCUGUGCAGCAUCGACUCAAACUUUAUACAAAAGUGCCACCAAAUGGUCUAGUCAUCUACUGUGGUACAAUUGUUACUGAGGAGGGAAAGGAGAAGAAAGUGAACAUUGAUUUUGAGCCAUUCAAGCCCAUCAAUACAUCCCUGUACUUAUGUGACAACAAGUUCCAUACUGAGGCCCUCACUGCGUUGAUGGCUGACGACAAUAAGUUUGGCUUCAUUGUGAUGGAUGGUAAUGGAGCGCUGUUUGGUACACUGCAAGGAAACACUAGAGAGGUGCUCCACAAGUUCACUGUAGAUCUGCCGAAGAAGCACGGUCGUGGUGGUCAGUCUGCGUUGCGUUUCGCCCGUCUCCGAAUGGAAAAGCGUCACAACUAUGUGCGCAAAGUUGCAGAGGUUGCUACACAAUUGUUCAUCAGUGCAGACCGUCCCAACGUAGCAGGACUGAUUUUGGCGGGUUCCGCUGACUUCAAGACUGAACUGUCCCAGUCCGAUAUGUUUGACCCACGUCUCCAAUCCAAAAUCAUCAAGCUGGUGGAUGUGUCAUACGGAGGAGAGAAUGGUUUUAACCAGGCCAUCGAGCUCGCGGCGGAAUUGUUGCAGAACGUCAAGUUUAUUCAGGAGAAGAAACUGAUUGGGCGCUACUUUGAAGAGAUCUCACAGGACACGGGCAAGUACUGCUUUGGAGUGGACGAUACACUGCGCGCCCUUGAACUUGGCUCUGUGGAGACGCUCAUCUGCUGGGAGAACCUUGACAUACAGAGAUACGUUCUGAAGUCGCAUGCCGCCAACCAGGAGACCAUUUUGCACUUGACACCUGAACAAGAGAAGGACAAGUCCCACUUCACCGAUAAAGACAGCGGUGUUGAGCUUGAGUUGGUGGAGUGUCAGCCGUUGCUUGAGUGGCUCGCCAACAACUACAAGUCCUUCGGAGCCACACUUGAAAUCAUCACAGACAAGAGUCAGGAGGGCAGUCAGUUUGUGAGAGGAUUUGGAGGUAUUGGAGGCAUACUCCGCUACAAAGUGGACUUUCAAUCUCUCCAAUCCGACGAACCGCUGGACGACGUGGACCUCGAUGACUAUUAA